UCCUCCAGUGGAGUGACCGCGUCAGGGGACAAGGGAAGAGCCACGGAUCUCGUCUCUCCGGAUUUCCGCAAGGCCUUUGCCGCCGUCCCCCCGCAACAUCUUUCUCUCCGCGGCGGAGAGAUACGGAUGCGAUGGGUGGACAAGGAACGGGCCGGAUGGGCGUGGUGGUCAACGGAUCGACGUCCGGAUGGAGAGGGGUGACAAGUGACGUCCCCUCGGGGAUCCGUACCAGGACCGGUGCUCUUCAAUAUCUCCAUCAGUGAUUUGGGAUCGAGCGCACCCUCGGCAAGUUUGACGGUGGCACCAAGCUGAGUGGCACGGUGACACGCCAGAGGGAUGGGAUGUCACCCAGAGGGACGGGAUGUCACCCAGAGGGACGGGAUGUCACCCAGAGGGCCCCGGACGAGCCGGAGAGGUGGGACCGUGCCAACCCCAUGAAGUUCAACCAGGCCAAGCGCGAGUUUAACUUCCUCCUGCCCGACCCACAGCGAGCGGCUGCCCAUGGGGCCCCUGACCCACGGCGAGUGGCCACCGACCCACAGCAAGCGGCCCCUGACCCACGGCAAGAGGCCACCAACAGUGCCCCCAACCCACGGCAAGCAGCCCGCGACCCACGGUGCCCCCGACCCACAGCUGGACUGCCAAUGGUGCCCCUGACCCACGGCAAGUGGCCCCUGACCCAUGGCAAGUGGCCACCGAUGGUGCCUCUGACCCACGGCAAGUGGCCCCUGACCCAUGGCAAGUGGCCACUGAGGUUGCCCCUGACCCACAGCAAGCAGCCCCCGACCCACAGCAAGCAGCCCCCGACCCACAGCAAGUGGCCCCUGACCCACGGUGACUCUGACCCACAGCUGGACUGCCAACGGUGCCCCCAACCCACGGCAAGUGGCCCCUGACCCACAGCAAGCAGCUCCUGACCCAUGGCAAGUGGCCGUCCACAGUGGCCCCAACCCACAGCAAGCAGCCCCUGACCCACAGCGAGUGGCCACCAACAGUGCCCCUGACCGGUGGCAAGUGGCCCCUGACCCACGGCAAGCAGACACUGACGGUGCCCUCGACCCACAGCAAGUGGCCACCAAUGGUGCCCCCCGACCCAUAGCAAGCAGCCCCCGACCUGCAGCAAGCAGCCACCAAUGGUUCCCCUGGCGCACGGCAAGCGGCCACCGACCCAUAACAAGCGGCCACUGAUCCAUGGUGAGUGGCUACCGACCCACGGCCGGACUCCCAAGCCCCCCGGAGCACCGUGUCCUGGCAGCCCCCCCGGCCC